GGAAAUGGCGGUAAAUCGAGCAUGGGUUGUUUGUUUAUGUGUGAGAAAAAAACGCUGUCCGUAAUGAUGAGUGCAUUUUAGCGGUAAUCCACGGACAUGACAUUGUGUGCUGACCUGCAAGGGAACAAGCGACAGUAAAUUCGACAAGGUUGUGUGACUCGUGAGAAACUAGUGGAAUGGCGACACAGCAAACGUCUCCUGCCAGUAAGGCCGUGUCUACGACAAACUGGUUUGCAUCAGAAGUUCAGCAGAUGAUGUAUGGGUUCGGGGACUGUCGCAGGCCGCUACAUGAAAGUGCAGUGCUGGUGGAAGAGAUCGUACAUGAGCAGAUGGCGUCAUUGCUUCAACAAGCAUCAGACGUGGCUGCCAAGCGUUGUAGUCGGUUCAUUGGAAUGGAAGACUUUUUGUUUCUGCUGCGAAAGGACAAGGUAAAGUUGUUGCGUCUGCUACAGUACAUGGAAGUUAAAGAUCUCAAGACGUCUGCUUUGAAGGGUGUGGACGAGGAACAAGAAUCAACUGAACAAGUGACAGCAGGGGAAAAGACUGUACAACCAACAAGAAAGAGACGUAAAAUCUGUUACGACUUUUUGUCAUCGAUUGACGGAACAGGGGAAUUGCUUGCUCUGUUUGAUGAAGACCGAGUGGAUCACAUAAAGCAUGAAAGAUUGGUGAGAGCAGAAGUACAGGCCAGGUCAAUGGAUGCUCAACAAUACAUGGAAUUUUCUGAGGCUAGACAGGCUGGAUUUAGUCGGAAAUACAAGUCACAGAGGUUCAAAGAUUGGCUGAUGGCUGGUGUGACCAUCGACAUCAAACCCAACGUUCACGCCCUUGAGGUCAUCAGCUACCUGGCGUACGAAACGGUGGCCCAGAUUGUUGACUUGGCUCUGUUGGUGAAACAGGACAUGAAAGCCAGCGCGACCGACCCGAUGGUGCUAGUCCACCCUCCUGUCUGUCUCAACUACCACGACGUCUUGUCCUCGCCUGCUUUAGGGGAGACCAAGAGUUCCACGGGAAUGACUUCACCGAGUCGGCAACCACCAAGUCCCCCAUCCACCCCUUCAACACCAUCAACCCAGACACCCCCCUCUCUGACGCCUGGAGGGUCCUUAGGCCUGUCGAGCUCACAAGGCAGUUCAUCGGGAGGCAACACAAAGCUGAAAUCCAAGAAGAGAAAGAAGAGUGGUGCAGGGAACUCGAUGGAAAUGUGUGGUGGACAGGCUAUUACUCCCAAUAACGUCCGCGAGGCUCUAAGGAGAUAUGGACACUGUAUUGGACCUUUUGCAUCACAAGUGAAAGUGAACCACGAGUUUCAGCCUAAGAAAAGACUUCUUUGCGCUUGACAAUGGCAGAGCUUACAUACAGCCUACAGAUUUGUACAGUAACACUGGAGAGAUGGCGUGGUCUCAGCAUGAGAGGCAAUGAUCGACCAAGGUGAAACUCCAGUUCAGGUUCUCAGACCAAACAUCUGUUGGCUGGAACAUACAGAAAUGACCAGCAUCUUACCUAGUCUAAAACAAUAACAGGGGUAUUAAAAGAAAAGGAAUUGGGUCACAGUACUACAGAGUGCUCAGCUGGGCUGAUUGGAUUUACCAAAGAACUAUUUCUUAAAAUUCCACCACUUGAACAAAAUUGGAACUAAAGUCCUAGAUUUGUUUCUUGAAAUUUAUCCACCAUUAUUUUUGUAACCCUACAUCUGUUGUGUAGACCACCAACAAAUAUCCGCCAGGUUUGAUUCUGCUUACACUGCCUCCAAGUUGGGAACUGUUGGAACCCAGUCACAACAGAAUUCUACAGAAGUUCGUUUUGGAUUCCCAUUUCUAGAAUUGCCAGUCGAGCAUGCCCCAAAUGUCUUCACCAGCUAGACAAAAAGGGCAAUUUUAGACUGAAAAAAACAACUUUUCCACUACCGUAAGUUUGGCCCUGAUGAAUACAAGUGAUGGAGAGAAUUACAAAGAAUAUGGCUGCUGAAGUUACUUGAUUGACCAUUAAUAGCAUUUUGUUGGUGAAUGGAAAUAUUCAGAGAAUCUAGCACAAAGAUUUCAACUACCAUUCACAAGAAAAUCAAAUUUACUUUUGGGGUGCUAAAACAAGGUGGAACACAUCAACACAUUGUUUGACUAUUGUGUGCAUUUUCUGCGAGAAUAAUCGAUAAAUAUUUUUAUUUG